AUUUUGGUCAGAUGUUUUUGUGUUUCUCUGACGCCAUAGCUCGGUAGCUCACCGUUUGGGGCAUUAGAGAAGAAAUGGGUUUAUUUUCACAUGGACACCUCCUUGCAUUUCAGCUAAACAAUCGAAUUGGUAUUCCAAAAGCAAGACUUGUAAUUUCAAUCAAAUAUUGCACCUCGCAAUCAGAGACCUGUAAACAGGACGAGGACACAGUGAGAGAAAUCUCUACCAUUCUCAAACACAACGACUGGCACUUCGCUUUGAACACCUCAGACCUCCCCAAGAAGCUAAACCCUCAUGUCGUCCGAGCCGUUCUGCAACAAAACCAUCAGGUUGGUGACCCCAAACGCCUUCUCAGUUUCUUCAUUUGGACUGGUACCCACAUGGGUGUUCCUCAAAAUUUACAUUCUUUUUCGAUUCUUGCUGUUGCUUUAUGCAAUUCCAAGCUGUUUGAGCAAGCUCAUGCUGUGCUAGAGAGAAUGGUUAAGAGCCGCAAGCCGCCUUUGGAAGUUGUGAAUUCUCUUGUCAUGUGUUUUAGAGAGUUUGAUGGGUCAGAUAGAGUGGUUUUUGAGAUUUUGAUUAAUGCUUUCAAGAUGGCGGGACACUUGAAUGAGGCUGCUGAUGCAUUUUUGGCAGUUAAGAAAGUUGGGAUUUUCCCAAGAUUGGAUUGCUGCAAUUCUCUGUUGAAGGACUUGUUGAAAUGUAAUAGGUUGGAGUUGUUCUGGAAGGUGUAUGAUGCGAUGUUAGAGGCUAAGGUAAACCCUGAUUUUUAUACUUAUACCAAUGUGAUCAAUGCACAUUGUAAGGCUGGGAAUGCUGGGCAGGGUAAGAGAUGUCUCCAUGAGAUGGAGGAGAAGGGCUGCAAUCCAAAUUUAAGUACCUACAAUGUGGUGAUUGGUGCGUUGUGUAGAACUUGGGGGGUUGAUGAAGCUUUAGAGGUAAAGAAGGCUAUGGUUGAGAAGGGAUUGGUUCCAGAUAGGUAUACUUAUUUGGUGCUUCUUGAUGGGUUGUGCAGACAUAAGAGAUCAGAAGAAGCAAAAUUGAUAUUGAAAGACAUGUAUGAUAUAGGUUUGAAUCCUGAAAACACCUGCUACAUUGCGUUGAUUGAUGGGUUCAUAAAGGAAGGUAACAUGGAAGAGGCCCUGAGUAUCAAAGGCGAGAUGAUUGCUAGAGGAGUUAAGUUGUGCGAUGCCACAUAUAACACAAUUUUGGCUGGGGUCUGUAGAAAUGGUACAAUGGAGAAGGCAGAAGCUGUCCUGAAUGAGAUGAAUGUUAUGGGCAUUAAACCUAACGCCCAGACAUUUAAGUUUUUAAUUGAUGGGUAUUGUCGGGAGCAAAGUAUGGUAAAGGCUUAUGAGAUACUUAAUGAAAUGAAAAAGAGGAACUUGGCACCCAAUGUGUACACUUAUGGAGUGAUAAUCAAUGGCCUGAGCCGGUGUGGAGAUCUGCAAAGGGCUAAUAAAGUUUUGAAGGAAAUGAUUACCAGGGGUUUAAAACCAGGUGCUGUUAUCUACACAACUGUAAUUAGAGGUCAUGUUCAGGAAGGAAAAUUUGAAGAAGCAAUAAAACUAUUUAAGGGAAUGAAUGAAAAGGGGGUCAUGCCCGAUGUCUUUUGCUACAAUUCUCUUAUAAUUGGACUGUGCAAAGCCAGGAAAAUGGAAGAAGCCAGGACUUACUUCUUGGAAAUGGUUGAGAGAGGAUUAAAGCCUAAUGCAUAUACUUAUGGAGCUUUUGUUCAUGGGCACUGUAAGGAAGGGGAAAUGCAACUUGCGAAUAGGUAUUUCCAGGAGAUGCUAGGUUGUGGUAUAGCUCCUAAUGAUGUUAUCUACACAGCCCUGAUUGAAGGACACUGCAAAGAGGGUAAUUUAACAGAAGCACAUUCAGCAUUUAGGUGUAUGCUUGGACGAGGGGUGCUCCCAGACAUAAAAACUUACAGUGUCAUUAUUCAUGGUCUCUCUAAGAAUGGAAAACUUCAAGAAGCAAUGGGGGUUUUCUCUGAGCUCCUUGACAAGGAUCUGGUUCCAGAUGUUUUUACUUACAGCUCUCUCAUUUCUGGCUUUUGUAAGCAAGGAAAUGUAGAUAAGGCUUUCCAAAUUCUUGAACUGAUGUGUCAGAGAGGCAUCGAUCCCAACAUUGUUACUUAUAACGCCUUGAUUAAUGGACUGUGCAAGUCAGGUGAAGUUGAUAAAGCCAAAGAACUGUUUGAUGGAAUCUCAGGAAAGGGUUUGACUCCUAAUGCCGUGACUUAUGCUACAAUGAUGGGCGGAUACAGCAAAGCUGGAAAAUUAACCGAGGCAUUUCGAUUAUUAGAUGAGAUGCUACUACAUGGGUUUCCUACUGAUAGUUUCAUCUACUGCACCCUCAUUGAUGGGUGCUGCAAGGCAGGUGAUACGGAGAAGGCCCUGUCUUUAUUCGAGGAUAUGGUGGAGAAGGGCUUUGCUGCUACUGCUUCUUUCAAUGCAUUGAUUAAUGGCUUCUGCAAAUUAGGGAAGAUGAUGGAAGCUAUUCGGUUGUUUGAAGAUAUGGUGGAUAAGCAUGUGACACCAAAUCAUGUAUCCUACACGAUUUUGAUUGUUUCUCUCUGCAAAGAGGGAUUGAUGAACGAAUCAGAACAGCUCUUUCUGGAAAUGCAGAAAAGGAAUCUGACACCAACUAUUGUAACCUAUACUUCACUUUUACACGGCUACAAUCUCACAGGAAGCAGAUUUAAGAUGUUUGCUCUUUUUGAGGAGAUGAUGGCAAGGGGACUCAAGCCUGAUGAAGUUAACUAUGGUAUGAUGGUUGAUGCUUAUUGCAAAGAAGGUCAUUGGGUAAAAUGUUUAAAGCUGGUGGAUGAAGUUUUGGUCAAUGGUACAAUCAUGAACAGUAUUGUGGUAGAUGCACUGACAAUUAACCUAUUCCAAAAGGAAGAAUUUUCUGAAGUGAUGAAGUCACUUGAUGAAAUGGGAGAACAAGGAUUUGCGCUCAGUCUUGCUACAUGUAGCACAUUAGUUUGUGGGUUUUACAGAUUAGGGAAUGUGGAGAAAGCAGCAAGGAUUCUGGAGAGCAUGCUUAGCUUUGGAUGGGUUUCACAGUCCACUAGCUUAAGUGACUUAAUAAACGAAGACCAAAAUGAGGCUAGUUCCGGAAUAUGUUGAAGCAAGGAACACUGGGAGUUGCUUGUCUAGUUGAUUGAGGUAGAAUUUCUGGCUCUCUCCCAUUCUUGGCUCUGGUGAAAACAAAUCCAAAUGCUGGCCCGAGAAGGGUGGGCUUAGCAAGUUGUGGUGAUGGAAAAGCUUUGCCUUUGCCAUGAGCACCUUCCUCAUUGUGAACCAGUGAUUGAGUACUCCUAAAACAAAAAGGGUGGAUUCAAUGCUUAGAAAGACAUUUAUGUAAAGAGGAUGGGGAAGGGACAACAGGGGGAGGAUACAAAGUAGUCAAUAUUCUUAAAGAUGGUGUAGUGGGUUGAUUCCGAUGAUAUCGAGAUGGGUGACGAAGCAAGACCAGGUAGCAAUGAUGAGAGGUGGAGGUGCAGGUAAGAGAUCUAUAUGUCAGCUGCCGAGCCCGAAAAAAAAAAUUCAUUAUAACAAUAUUUUGUUCAAUCUAUAAUAAAAAACCAUCAC